AUGGAUAACAUCCUUGCUCCAUUGCAAGAUGCCUUUGAAGGCCAGAUUGACUUCCACGGUCAACGUCUAGCCGAACUCCUCAGUACAGUACUCCUCAUUAUCUCCGGCGCCCUCAGUUUCCUCAUCGGCUACAUCUACAAAGACAUCCAUCUCACGCUAUGGACCGGACUAGGCGGGACAUUGUUCACGGCGCUGGUUGUUGUUCCGCCUUGGCCGAUUUAUAAUCGGAAUCCGGAGGUUUGGUUUGGGGGGAAAGCAAAGGUGGGCGGGGUUGGGGUUGUUGUUGAUGGGGUGAAGGUUGCUUGA